CUUCUCUUACAGGCUAAGUGAUAAGACUGUUAUCAACAGUUAACAGGAAAAUAAACAUUCAGGGAUGAGUUGCAAUUGUCCACUUAGUGCAAACACUGGACCAACUUUGGCCUCAACAUGUGGCGGUGCAUCUUUUUUGCUUUUUAUGGGCAUUCUUGAAUCUUACAUUCGCAGACAAUGCGACCUUGAAGAUCCUUGUAAUCGACCAUUGGCUAGAGAGGAACCGAAUUCAAGAUAUGAUUUUGUGGUGAUUGGAGGGGGAAGUGGAGGAGCAACAGUUGCUUCAAGAUUAUCAGAAGACAGAAAUUUCUCAGUUUUGUUAAUCGAAGCAGGUCCUGACGAACCUACAUGGACUCAAGUACCAUCAUUUUUUUUAAAUUUUGUGCAUUCUGAUAUCGACUGGCAAUAUGCAACCGAAAGUGAAGAUCAAGCCUGCCUCAAUAGCGAAGAUCGAAAAUGUUAUUGGGGACGAGGAAAGGUUUUAGGAGGGUCAAGUGUCAUGAAUGGAAUGAUGUACAUGAGAGGAUCCCGAAAAGAUUUUGAUGAUUGGGAAAAAAUGGGUAACAUCGGUUGGUCUUACGAGGAUGUGUUACCAUAUUUUAUCAAGAGUGAAAAUAAUUUACAAUUCAACGAAAUGGAUUCUGGAUAUCAUGGUACCGGUGGACCUCUUCCAGUCACUCAAUUUAAUUUUCAUCCUCCCCUCAGUUUCAGUCUACUCGAUGCUGGAAAGGAAUUGGGCUACGAUACAGUGGAUUUGAAUGGAAGAAAGCACACUGGAUUCGCAAUUGCUCAAACUACAACAGAAAAUGGUUCCAGAUUUUCCGUGGCUCGAGCCUUUGUCCGACCUGCCAGAAAUCGAUCAAAUUUUCACAUAAUUUUGAAUUCGACUGCGACCAAGAUUAUUUUUAACGAGCAGAAAAAAGCAGUGGGUGUUGAAUUGGUUCGUGAUGGAAAAUUAGAACGGGUUGGUGUUGACAAAGAAGUCAUCGUUAGCGGAGGGGCAGUCAAUUCACCACAGAUACUUUUGAACAGUGGAAUUGGACCAAGAGAGGAUUUGGAAAAUGUUGGAGUUCCGGUAGUUCAUGAUCUUCCUGGAGUUGGAAAAAAUUUACACAAUCAUGUUUCCUAUUCUCUCAGUUUCACUAUUAAUGAAACAGCUGUUAAUACACUAAACUGGGCCACUGCUAUGGAAUAUUUACUUUCAAGAAAUGGACCCAUGUCUGGGACAGGUGUUUCAGAAGUAACAGCAAUGAUAAAUACAAAGUACGCAGAUCCUCGAGAAGACAAUCCAGAUAUUCAAUUAAUUUUUGGAGGAUAUUUGGCAUAUUGUUCAGAAACUGGAACUAUUCGGGAAAAAGAGGGUUCAAAAACAGAAAUUAACAUCUAUCCAACUGUACUCCAUCCAAAAAGCAAAGGAUAUCUUAAACUAAAAAAUUGCGAUCCUCUUUCGAAACCAAUUAUACAACCAAAAUAUUUGCAACAUCCAGACGAUGUUGGUGCCCUCGUUGAAGGAAUUAAAUUUGCAAUUCGAUUGGCCGAAACUCAAAGUCUCAAGGCUGUUGAUUUCGAGUUAGAUAGAACCCCAUGCAAAAAUUGUGAGCACCUAGAAUUUGGCAGUGAUUCCUACUGGGAGUGUGCUGUAAAACAUGAUACAUUUCCUGAAAAUCAUCAAGCUGGUUCCUGUAAGAUGGGGCCUCCAUCGGACCCACUGGCAGUUGUUGAUAAUGAAUUAAGAGUUAAGGGCAUUCAAGGUGUCAGGGUUGCCGAUACCAGCAUAAUGCCCCAAGUUACUUCCGGAAAUACCAAUGCCCCCGCAAUUAUGAUAGGGGAACGGGCUGCCGAUUUGAUCAAAAACAGUUGGAAUUCAAAGCCCAUCAAGUCUGAAUCCCCCCAUAAUAAUCCUCAUAAUUAUGGACAGUAUCCCAACCAUGCUCAUGACUAUGAUCAUAACCACUAUCAUCAUUAUCAUCAUCAUCAUCAUCAUCAAUACGACAAUGGUCAGCUUCAUCCUCUUCCAAAAGUACAGCGUUCCAAAUUUGCAGCCGCUGCUUAAUACCAUAAAUUGCUCGUGUAAUUAACAAAAUUUUGACCUCCGUUUAUGAAUUUUUCAACAGAAAAUAGCCACGAAUAUUAAUUAGAUUUAUAUUCUGUGUGUGAAUAUUUCUAUUCAAUAUUUAUAGUUUGACAUAAAAAGAUUCUGCUAUUCAAAUUGCCCGCCAAAAUUACUCGAGAUAGACUUGAACAUAACCUUACAGUUUGACGUCUUUCUGGCGCGCAAUUUAAAUAAAGAUUUUCUUUUUUCAUAUAAAAUUAUUUAUUCAUUAAGUAUCAAAAUUUGUCUGAUUACUUUAUUUCUAGUCAUCUGAACUUCGAUAUUCUUCUGAUGUAUUCAAGUAUCAUUUUAUUUUAGACGAAUCUUGUAUUAAAAUUGAUAAGAAUUUAAAAAUAACAAUUUUAUCAAGAAAGCUUUGAAGAUUAAAAUAUUUUAAAGGCAAUAAGAAAGAAAUAAUUUUUUGAAUUAUCAGGCCCUUGGGACAGUCAUACGUUCUGCACGAUAUCGUCACACUUAUUGGUCACGCUGAUU